CUAGCAUGAAAUCUUUUCAUUGCUUGUUAAUUUAUUAGUGUACUGUUGGAUUCAGUGGGGUGUGGGUGGUGAAUAUGUGGAUUUUAAUUGUCUCUAAACUUCAUUUUGUUGGUUGUUUUCAGUUGAUAAACUAUGGAAGGGUUGAUGGAUGAUAUGAGCACAGGCAAGUACACGGGUAUUGAUUUGAAUGUUGGUUUAGAUUGGGGAAUGGAUUAUGGAGAUUAUACCGGUGGUGUUAGAGAUAGUGACGAUAUAGAGGACAAUGUCAAAACCAACAAUAGUGAUUAUGAGGAUGAUAAUAACAGUAACAUUGGUGAUGAUGAUAAGGAGAACAUCUCAAAUGAGCAUUUGCACAACAUUGAAACACAGCCACACAACUCAGAUGCACCUCUACACAAAGAUGCUGCAAAUCCAGCCAAGGCUCCACCGUCCUCGAGUAUGUAUGACUGGAAACUGCUUGAUAAAGUCGGGAAUGGGAAGCCAUUUGCUAAAUAGGAGUCGGAUGAUGUUGUUGGUUAUGAGUUUGAAACCCUUGUGGAGGCUGACAAGUUCUAUUCAACUUAUGGUUGUGCCAUGGGAUUCAGUGUACGAAAGAACACUCACACAUAUUGUUAAAAAUAUGCAACGAUGUGUUUUCUCACGCGAGGCGGAGCGUCAGCCAGUGCACAAUGACAAGGUAAAUAGAAAGCGUGAACCUAG